ACCUCUCGCGGUCCUUUAUUUCCCCCCUGCAAGAGUCUUAUUCGUCCCGCGAAAUCUUCCUUCCCUCCAAAUUUAACAAUACCAUAAAAUCUCCACAAGCCAACAAAAACCACCCGCUCUGACAUGAACGAAUGAACAAACCAUACGUUGAUUGAUGGUUUCAGCCACCAUCCGACCACGUUUAUAAUUCAGAAUCCGCACAAGCAGCCACACCCAUCUCACCUACCAUCCUCCAAAUUUAAAAUUUGCAAAGAAAAUGGGUGGGAAUGGAUGCCUCCUGAUCGUUCAUCAUCUACCAUCCUGCAAAUUUCCACCCAACCCCCUCGAAGGCCUCGCUUCUUUCACCCUUGCAAGGAGGCAACCGCCGAUUUGGCCAAAUUAUCGUUGCCCUUAUUUUCUUCCUACCCAAUAAUGCAGGUGGUUGAAGACCACCAUGAGAUGACUAUAUUUUUGCAAUUCCCAGUUCACGCUUUCGUCUUCUUUCUGUAAUUAUUGUCCUCGUCAUCAUUGUCUUUUGUAUGGUUUUUGCGAUUCCCCCAAUCUACUGAGAUGAUUAGUCUGUACUGAUGCUGCUGGGCCACCAGUGGUGUGCUUAUAACAGAUCUGUUGUAUCGCUUUAUUCUUCCCCCAAGCACAUCUCAUCUCUCUAAUUGAGGAACAACAUUUCAUUGCUUGAAUGGGUUCCGGAGAUUGGUUUAAGACCGUCAUCAAUGUGAAGAAGUCAUUGAAGGAAGGCUACUCAAAGGAACAGAAGCCAACUCCAUCUAACCAUUCAAAAGGAUUUAAGUGGAGGCAUCAUAAGUCCAAAGGCUCCAAAAGAUUCUCAAUCACUGCAUCAAACUCCAAUGCAGAAGUCACUAAUUUGUAUACUGAGGAUAAAGCAGCAAUUGUCAUCCAAACUGCAUUCCGUGGCUUUCUGGCGCGGAAAGCUUAUCGUCAACUGAAAGGACUAGAAAGAUUACAGUUCCUUAAGCAACGACUAUCUAUUCAGAAGCAAACAACUUCAACUUUGAGUUAUCUUCAGUUGUUGAACAAAAUACAAGCCCAAGUCCAUGAUCGUCGGUGCUCUAUGUUAGCUGAGACAAGGAUUAAACAGAAAAAACGCGAUCACCAGUUGAAACUUGAAGCUAAACUCCACGAGAUAGAGGUGGAAUGGUGCAGUGGCUCAGAAAGCAUGGAGGAAAUUCUGGCUAGAGUACAUGAAAGGGAAGCAGCAUCAGUUAAGCGUGAGCGAGCUUUGGCAUAUGCUUUCUCUCAUCAGUGGCGAGCAAGUAAUAGACACAGCCCUGGAAAGGGCGGCUAUGACCUUAGGAAAGAUGAUUGGGGUUGGAACUGGACAGAGAAUUUCUUGAUGGCCUGGCAAUUUGAGAAUAGGAUCACUAGGCCUGUUAAUUCUGUGACACCAAAACGAGUUCAAAGUAAGGAAGACAGCAAAAGAACAAGCACACUGUCGUCUAAAGUCUCUGUUCAGGCUGAUUCUCACAGUAAUGAUGGUAAAGUUCCAUCUAGUAGACCUGACUCUGCAGUGGUGAAGAAGUUGUUUUCAGAGAACUCACCUAGCAGGGAAGCUAGUGAAACAGGUCAGGAUGUAGAAGCUACCAUAAAGCCUGAGCAUAGCACGUGAUUGUAAACUUUGAGUAGUUGUACCAACUGUAAAUGGUUAAAAGUGCAUCUCUGGAGCUUGCUUGAGCUGCUUAAAUUAAAAAUUCUGAAGGAAAAAAGUUCUUCUUGUCAUGUGAAACUCUUCGAUAUUUUCAGAGGUGGGGCAGAUCACAGGCCGUAGAUGCAUCCGUUCAGAAUUCACAUGGAAAUGGUUGCUUGAAGAGAAAGAUCAGUUGAGACUGGUAGGUUUGAAAGGCUUCUAAUAAUAAGAGGUGAUUUUAUUCAAGUUAUGAGUAUGCUGCUCGAGGAAGAAGGCUAGUCUCUCCCUCAUGUUCACAAAGUUGCUCAAAAUUCUUAUGAUAUCUUGUAUCAGAGCUUGUGUAAUUUUGUUGGAUUUACAUGGCCACAUCUGUGAGUGAAUCUCAUAUGUAUGUAUGUAUAUAUGUACGUACAUAUACAGUGCUUCAAUCAGAGUAGAAUAUAUGGUUUGUA